AAAAUCACACUCUAAUCUUCUUGACUCUGAAUAUAUACAUUUUUAUUAAAAGUUUUUAAACAUUAAAUAACAUUAAAACUUUCAUUUAGACUCAACAGACUGUUGUCACUUCCCGUCCAAUCAAAAUGAAGAUGAGCUGAAAAGAUUCUGCGAUGCUGCCGGUUACCACGGCAACCCGCAGCAUCUUCCCGCCAGAGGGGAAGGUCUGCCGUUGCCGUGGUAACAGCAGCCCCUCCCUCUCAGAGCGGCGGCAGGGUGGAGCAGCAGACGGACCGCAGCAGCAGGAGCAUCAGGAGCAGCAGCAGGAGGAGCAACAAUGGAUGGAGACUCCGCUCUCGUCAAAAAUGGCCCCACCCAGGAGGAGCAAAGCAUGAUGGGAGGUAAAGCAGCAGCGAAGGAUCCUGAAGCCAUGAAGGCGUCCAGACCAGCAGGGGGCGGCAGAGCGGCAAAGAUGAUCUCAGCAAAGAGUACAGAGUCUGUCGACGGAGUCAGCAGUCCAGGAAGUCGCUCACCUGCCAGCAGGUCGUCCACUCCCAACAAGGAUGUGAAGAAGGUAGCAGUGGUUCGGACCCCACCAAGGUCUCCUGGCUCAGCUCGUGGCCGGACGCCCCCCCUUCCCUCCCAUCCGAUGCCUGACCUCAGCAACGUUAGGUCUAAGGUGGGAUCAACGGAGAACCUGAAGCACUCACCUGGAGGGGGCAAGAUUCAAAUAGUCAACAAGAAGCUGGACCUCAGUAACGUGACGUCCAAGUGUGGCUCCAAAGACAAUAUCUACCACAAACCAGGUGGAGGGAAGGUGGAGAUCAAGUCUGAGAAGGUGGAAUUUAAAGAAGUUCAGUCUAAAGUUGGUUCUCUGGAGAACGUUACUCAUGUUCCAGGAGGAGGGAGGAAGAGGAUCGAGAGCCACAAAUUGUCAUUCAGAGAGAACGCUAAAGCUCGGACCGACCACGGUGCUGACAUCAUCGUCCAGGCUGACUCCUCCCCUCCUCACCUUAGCAACGCUUCUUCCCAUGAAAGCCUUAACGCUGCUGAAGCUCCGCCUCUCGACACUCUGGCUGACCAGGUGUCUGCCUCCCUCGCCAAAGAAGGCCUGUGAUUGGACGUGCUCUGUGCCUGCAGACCCAGCCCCCUCCUGUUCCUAAGGAAAGCAUCAACUGGAAGAAAAAACAAGAUCAUUCAACACUUUUCUUCUUUUAUCUAACAAAAACGUCAGCAGUGAUUGGAGGGAUUUUAUGAUUCAGAGUGAACAGCAGCCAAUCAGAGUUCAGUCAGCCAGGUGAUAAGGCAGGCGAACUGAUUGAGAUGCUCAUAAAAUCCCUCCAAUCACAGACAACCUAUCUCUGAUGACGCCUCUCUUUCAGCUAAUCACCAUUGUCCGUGUUUCUGAAAGCCGACGUGACCCAACGAUCCCUAACAUGACCUUAACAUGAUGCAAUGACCUCUGCAUACAUCGAUACCGUCUGAUGGGAAUCGUUGGCCACGCCCCUUUGUUCCUUCUUUAGGUGUGUCAAACUCCCCGUGAUGCUGCUACGUGACGUCAGUGAUGUGAACAAACGGCCAAACACCUUUUUUUCUGUUUUAUAUUUUCCUAACAGAAGAUUUCUGAAUCUAAGUAACACUUAAAAUCUCAAAUCAUGUUUGAGUAAUUACGGUUAAACCCAAUUAUCGUUAGUUCACAUAAAAACAAUAUAUAAAACUUUAAAUAUAUGAUUGAAAAUAUGUGAAUGUGACACAUGAGGCAGUAACAACCCCUGCAUUAAAAAAUAAAAUUAAAUACCCAGAAUUCUGUUUGGUCAGUGGUGGCAAAACUGUCUUUGUGCCUGUUGGCUGUUAAAGUGCUUUGUAUCAAUAAAGUUUCUCUUGAAUCAAUA